AUGACGGGAGCUCCGCCGUACAAUCCGCAGUCUCCCACCCAGCAAUCUCGUUAUUCUGCCUACUCUUCUCCGAACAAGAACCGUCCCUUCUACUCCAGCAACAAUGACCAAUAUCAACAGCACCCGCCGCAGACGCCGCCGGCCUUCCCCCCGCAGCCCAGCAUGGCCAGGAGCCCUCACUUCUCGCAUGCGCCGUCACCAUUACCGGCCACGCUGCCUCCGUUGAAUGGUGCCGCUCCGUCGUCUCACCCAUCGGAUACGCCUUCACAGUAUCAGGCCCAUUCCUCGGCGGGAACGCCGCAAUUCCCCCUGCCUCGGCCCUACUCUAAUUCCGUCUUCUCGGGCAACGGCGCGACCCCCUACGGUCAUUCUACUCCCUCCCACGCUCAUCCCUCUGGUCGGCCCGACAGCCAUUCGCAGUCUUCUCCCAAAAAAGAUUCGGAGUCUCCCUACCCCAUGGGGGGUCACGGAGUCGCGGCGUAUCCGUCCUCGAUGGUGCGAGAGUCUAGGCAUUCCUCUCCUCCCAAGGAAACUAAACCAGACCCCAUGUCUUUUGCCAGUAUCUUAGCGGGCCCGGCCGAAGAGCGCAACCCGCCGCCCAGACAAUCUCCACCAAAGAAACAGCUGCCCCUUGAAGCCGCAUCGACCCCCAUCGCGCCAGCACCAAGCGCGGUGGACAACCGAAGCCCCCCGCCGACGACGCCCGUCCCCAUCGCCCACAGCAAAAGCAAGGACAAAGAACCUUCGGGCGCGCCCUUACCGAGAUUGGAAAAGAAACCCAGCAAUGAGAAGCGCCGUCGCAACGUCGAACAAGAACCCAGAGUGUCCGACUCGCGGGCUUCGGCCAUUGCAAACGGUGUGACCGAAUCAUCUAAGGCUGCUUCCCUGGCCCGUGGUGCUGUUUCCCGCCAUCCCUUGACGGACGGGGAGGUGGAGGCUCUCAACCGCGCGAUGGCCGAUAUGGCCAACGCAGAUCAAAGCGACGUAGAAGCUCCUGGGUAUGAGAGACAAUAUCAGGAAUACAAGGCCAAAAGCAAGAAGCGUGCUCUGCUCACGGAACAAACUGAAAUCAUCCGGCGCAAGCGACGACGCCACCGAUUUCUCGGAGACUUCGCAAAGUCCUUGGAGAAGCAAGCCGAGGCUGGAAUGGAUCGAUUCCGACUUGCAAACGAAUCGUCCGUCAUCGCCGAAGUGCAAGCCAAAGAAAUUCAGGACGAAAAGGAACGCAAGAAGGAUAUGCAACGAAAGCGGCGGCGCGAGAACACCGUACGCAUGGAAAUGCAGAAGAAGCUGGAGGCAGAACUCAAAGCAAACGAGGCACAGGAUUCUGCAGAGAAGGCCAAGUUCCUCCGUGAAGCUGAGCGGGCACAGCGAAAGAUCAAGACCACCAAGCGAGCUUUGGAAGGUGUCACUGCUCCCGAGGAGAUUAGCGAAGUGACUCCCUUAGCGCCAAACCUUGAAGGGGGCACCACCAGCUCCUUCCACAUUGGUCGGAACUCUCCUUCCAGGCGCAAGUCUGGGCGCAAUGGCCCCGUCACCCGACCCAAGAAGUCGAAGGAACAAAAACAGGCGGAGAAGGACGCGGCAGAAGCGGCUUAUGCAGCCAUGGAGAACGAUGAGGCAUUGCCUCUGCCACCCAAAGAAGAUCCCCGUAAGGAGUCGAUCAAAAAGGAGACGAAAGGGAGCCGCUCCAAGGAGCCCACGCCCACACCGCUAUCCGCCUUCGAGACCAAAGGUUACAAUCAGAUCUACGAGCAAAUCUGGCGUGAUAUUGCUCGUAAAGACAUUCCCAAGGUCUACCGCAUCAAGGGUCUGUCGCUCAGCACGCGCCAGGAGAAUCUUCGCAAGACAGCACAACUGGCCAGCAAGCAGUCUCGCAAAUGGCAGGAACGCACUAACAAGAGCAUGAAAGACACCCAGGCCCGUGCCAAACGGACGAUGCGCGAAAUGAUGUCCUUCUGGAAGCGCAACGAACGUGAGGAACGCGACCUGCGCCGUCUUGCCGAGAAGCAGGAGAUUGAGUCGGCUAAGAAGGCAGAAGCGGAGCGUGAAGCCAAUCGUCAGAGACGAAAGCUCAACUUCCUCAUCUCCCAGACCGAAUUGUACUCCCACUUCAUUGGGCGCAAGAUCAAAGGUGCAGAAGGAGAUGACUCCGGAGACACGGCCGUGGAUAGUUCCGAUCAGACUAUACAGCCUGGGAAACCCCAGGAUCACACGGUGGAUAUGCCCCCCAGUGUCGCCGAUUUGGGCGCCAAAGUGACCAAUUUCGAAGAUCUCGACUUUGAUGCCGAGGACGAGACGGCCUUGCGCCAGGCGGCUAUGGCAAACGCACAGAAUGCCGUCCAGCAGGCCCAGGAUCGAGCCCGCGCCUUCAACAACGACCAGAACCAGAUGGACGCCCUGGAUGAGGGUGAAUUGAACUUUCAAAAUCCUACUAGCUUGGGCGAUAUCGAAAUCUCGCAGCCCAACAUGCUUACAGCCAAGCUUAAGGAAUACCAGCUCAAGGGUCUCAACUGGCUUGUCAACCUGUACGAGCAAGGUAUCAACGGUAUUCUGGCCGACGAGAUGGGUCUAGGAAAAACCAUCCAGUCCAUCUCAGUCAUGGCUUAUCUGGCUGAAGUGCACAACAUCUGGGGUCCUUUCCUGGUGAUUGCGCCUGCCUCUACCCUACACAACUGGCAGCAGGAAAUCACCAAGUUCGUCCCGGACAUCAAGGUCCUCCCGUACUGGGGUUCGGCCAAAGACCGCAAGAUCCUGCGUAAGUUUUGGGAUCGAAAGCAUAUCACAUACACGAAGGAGUCUGAGUUCCAUGUGCUGGUCACCUCCUACCAACUGGUGGUACUUGAUGCACAGUACUUCCAGAAGGUCAAGUGGCAGUACAUGAUUCUCGACGAAGCCCAGGCUAUCAAAUCCUCUCAGAGCUCACGUUGGAAGAACCUGCUCGGCUUCUCUUGUCGUAACCGUCUUCUGCUGACAGGUACCCCUAUUCAGAAUAACAUGCAGGAGCUGUGGGCACUGCUGCACUUUAUCAUGCCCACCCUUUUCGACUCUCACGACGAAUUCAGUGAAUGGUUCUCCAAGGACAUUGAAUCCCAUGCUCAGAGUAACACGAAACUCAAUGAAGACCAGCUGAGGCGUCUCCACAUGAUCUUGAAGCCUUUCAUGCUUCGCCGUGUCAAGAAACAUGUUCAGCAGGAACUUGGCGAUAAGGUUGAGAAGGACAUCUUCUGCGACCUUACUUACCGCCAGCGCGCUUACUAUGCCAAUUUGCGCAACCGGGUCAGUAUCAUGGAUUUGAUCGAGAAGGCCGCUGUCGGGGACGAGGCCGACAGCACGACAUUGAUGAACUUGGUCAUGCAGUUCCGAAAAGUCUGCAACCAUCCGGAUUUGUUCGAGCGUGCGGAAACGAAAUCUCCCUUUUCUGUCGCGCACUUCGCCGAGACCGCCUCGUUUGUCAGAGAAGGUCAGAACGUUGAUGUUGCUUACUCGACGCGCAACCUGAUUGAAUACCCGUUGCCACGCCUGCUCUGUGGCUCUGCUGGUCGUGUCGAUGUCGCAGGACCCGGCAAUGCGCGCGCCGGCUUCCAUGGGAAAUAUCUUGACCACAUGAUGAACAUUUUCGCUCCCGACAACAUCAGGCAAAGUGUCCGGGAUAACGGGGCCUUCUCUUUCCUGCGUUUCGUGGACACAUCACCCGGGGAGGCAUACGAACAAUCACAUCUAGGCGUCUUUGAGCGAGCUGUUCGUCGCCGAGGGCAGGCGAACAGGCUGGCCCGGCUUCAGGUCGUCUACGACGAUGACAGAGUAACAGCAUCAGUCCUUCCUCAUGCAAUGUUCAACAUCGUCGACCGCAACGAUCGUCAUGCAGUGCACGAGGUCGCGGCCGAGGGCUACAUGCGUGAUCUGAUGACCGUCUCCCAGUCUACGUUUGAAAGAGAAGGCCUUUCCCUGAUUGAACCGUCGGCUGGCCCAGCAGCGUCGGCGCCUCCGAUCACCAUUACGAGUUCGAGUCAGAUUCCCAUGUACGAGGCCAGAGACAGUUUCUUCAAUAUUUCUGUGCGCCAUGCCUUGUAUGGAGUUGCUUCGAAACAGGUGGAGCAUCAAAUCGUGGAGAAGAAGCUGGAUCCUACACCAUACUCUCUGCCGCCAAUACUACCUAAGCCACUUUCUGCCAAGGGUCGAUACACGCACAUUGAGGUGCCGUCCAUGCGUCGCUUCGUCACGGAUUCCGGCAAAUUGGCCAAGCUGGACGAACUCUUACGCGAGCUCAAGGCCGGUGGGCACCGUGUGCUCCUGUACUUCCAAAUGACUCGUAUGAUCGAUUUGAUGGAGGAGUACUUGACCUAUCGCAAUUACAAGUACUGUCGGUUGGAUGGAAGCACCAAGCUGGAGGAUCGCCGUGAUACUGUGGCGGACUUCCAACAGCGCCCGGAGAUUUUCGUGUUCCUUCUGUCUACGCGUGCGGGUGGCCUGGGUAUCAACCUGACUGCGGCCGAUACAGUUAUCUUCUACGACUCGGAUUGGAACCCUACCAUUGACUCGCAAGCCAUGGACCGCGCCCAUCGUCUGGGUCAGACAAGGCAGGUCACGGUCUAUCGUCUCAUCACCCGUGGCACGAUCGAAGAGCGGAUCCGGAAGCGGGCCUUGCAGAAGGAAGAGGUGCAGCGUGUUGUCAUCACGGGUGGUGCCGCUGGUGGCGUUGACUUCAAUACUCGCAACCGCGAGAGCCGAACCAAGGACAUUGCCAUGUGGCUGGCGGACGAUGAACAGGCCGAGCUCAUUGAGCAGAAGGAGAAGGAAGCUAUGGAUCGCGGUGAAGUGUUCGGCGCCGGGAAAGGUGGGAAGAAGGCAGCUCAGAAGAGGAAGAGAGAUAUCACGCUGGAUGAUAUGUAUCAUGAAGGCGAGGGCAACUUUGACGAUGCCAGUGCUAAGCCGUCUGGCGCGGCAACGCCGGUGUCUGCGGCAGACAACGUGGGUACGCCCUCGGCCACGCCCGUUCCCAAGCGAGGACGUGGCCGCGGGACUGGUAAAGGAACGUCAAAACGGGCCAAGACGACCAAAGAGCGAUUGCGUCUCAUUGACGGCGACGGAGGCCUCGGGCCCAGUUAA